AUGUCUGCCUGCGUCGCAUGCCAGAAGCCGCUCGAGGUUGAGUUCGAGCCAGAAGACUACGACGAGGAUGUGCAGAUGGGCGGCUCCUCUGGCAAAGCGCCCGCCGCAGCGCCAGACAUGGUGCCCGACGACGUGCACCUGAACUGCGGGUGUCACUUCCACUGGGACUGCCUCCUCGAAGCCUACCAAAUCACCGAGUGCCCCUCGUGCGGCAAGAACAUCGCCUCGACGUCCGCCGCCGGCGCACAGCAAGUCCUCGUCACGCUCAACAACGAAGGCGGCCUGCAAGAAAACCUCGACAUCCUGCCCCUCCUCACCGAAGAGUCGUACCUCAAAGCGUACCCGGCCGACCGCAAGUGCCGCGCCUUCCUCGAGUUCUGCCGCGAGGGCGACAUGUCCGCCAUCAUCGGGAUGCUGCAGGGCGACAACGAGUCCGACUCGGACUCGGACGACGACAUGGCUGACGAGGCCGAGGGCGAGGGCGAGGACACCGCGGACGUCGGCAUCGAUGCGCUGCUGCGCUACCAGGAUCCAAUCGGCGACAUGCAGUCCGGGCUGCACGCGGCGGUCCAGGCGCAGAGCCGCGAGGUCGCGUGGCUGCUCCUGCUGCUCGCGAGUAAUCUCCCGCUGCUGGAGUUCCCGCCCGAGGUUUUCCAGGAGGCCGAGGCGCUGGGCAUUAUGCGCGGGCUGACGGAGGAUAAGACGGACAUUAGGAGCAUGCGGGAUGCGAAUGGGAAGACGGCGGAGGAUGUCGCGAGGGAGGUGGGCGGCGUGUGGGCCGCGGGGUGGAUUGGGAAUGGGAGGCUGGCAAUUUAA